AUGAUGCUGAAGGUGAAAGAACCAAACUCAUCUACAAAGAGCGAGCCAAUGCUUGAUGACCAUGAUGUGAUCCGAGUAGGAGGUCGCCGGCUGAGUGAAUAUAGUGAUUGCAAUGCAAAGCCCAUCCUCCUUCCUAAAGAUCACCCUGUAGCAGCCCUAAUUGUCCAAGACUGGCGACCCUUAAACUAUCGCAUCCUAAGGAACUGCUUCAAUUGUCACCGGGUUAAUAGCAAACCACUAACACAUCGACAAGGUGAAUUGCCUUUGGAAAGAAUAUUAGCUGAUAGUCCACCUUUCACCCAAACUAGAGUAUACUACUUUGGACCAUUUAACAUGGCGUACAUAAAAAGAAAUAUAAAGCGUUUUGGAUGCGUCUUUACCUGCCUCAGUUCCAGAGCUGUACACCUUGAAUUACUGUAUUCCCUCGAUGCAGAUGAAUUUAUCAACGCCCUCAUGCUGUUGAUAAUGAGGCGGGGCAUUUCCAAAAAGAUCUUCUCUGACAGAAGAUCUAACUUUCAGAGAGCGAACCAGAACAUCCGUGCAAAAACACACAGCUGGAUCGAUGAUAGCAGGUUGCACACACUGUUCUGUGAAGUUGAAGCCACACUCAACAGUCGUCCAAUAACUGCUACAAUGGGUGACACCUCUGAUCCUGAGGCUCUUAUACCAGAUCAUAUACUUCGGCUAGGAAAAGGCUUCCGUUUACCAAUGGAUGACGUUUCUCAGGAACUCUGA